UUUCAUAAAAUAUAUUUGUUCUGUCCCCAUCAGCACAUUAGUUCACUUAAAUGUUUCAUUGCUGGCAGUAGUCGCUUUACAUGCGUCUGUUUCUUUAAGAACUGUGGGACUGUUGCACCAUGGGAUUUAGUCAGGAAGUUGAAUGUGAUCAGGACAGCCUCACGUUUUGCGUUAUCUCUCCAUACUGUACACGUCAAUCUUCCACGCUCCAUGCCUUUGGUAGCAUUCUCGUUUCACCCUUUCUAAUUCAAAUAAACGGAGUUAAGACGAUCCUACUCUCCAGUGUUUGAUGCGGGAAGGUGUUUAGCUGCUGGUCAGAUUGCACAGGGCUACGUGCAUGCAGGACAAGACAGUGAAACGAGAGCUUUCUAGCGGGCUGGACAACAAGGUUGAGCUGAUUGGAGUUACCGCCUCUAUGUUACAGCUAAGAGAGAAGGCUACAACUAGAGCAACGUUAACACAGGCAACCUCAUCUAUUGCCACGACAUGGAAGAUAAACCAGCAACCACGUUUGAGACCAGGUCCGCCGCCUCAUGCUCUGGGAAAAGCUCAAGCACUUCAUCAACAAGUAAAGCAGCAGCCAUUGCACGUGCUAAGGCAGAAGCAGCAAAAGCACGAGUUGCAUUCGCUGAAAAGGAAAUGCAAAUGAAGAUAGAGAGGGCCCGCUUAGAUGCGUCACUAGACAUAUUGAAAAUGGAAAAAGAAGCAGCAGCUGCCAUUGCCGAGGCAGAGGUCCUCGAGGCAGCCGCAGACACCGAUGGGGAAAAACGCAGCUGCAAAAUAGACCUCCUACUCAAGCCUAAAGAUCCUGAAGAGCGUACCUCCGAAUAUGUACUUCAACAUUCCGUAUCACACAGAAGCCUUCAGUCAAUGCCAGAAAUGGAACCCAUUAGUGAGUACGGGUUAAGAUAUGCAACUUCUAUGCCGCAUCAAGAUAGAGUCGUUCCAGCUCCACACAUUAACCAAGCGAAAGACGACAACACCCUCCUUCCAAGUAAUGUUCCUACACAACAGGCAGUGAAGGUUGAACAUAGAACAGACCAGACCAAUACUGCUAAAGGGAAAGAGAAUGAUGGUUGGAUCAGGAGAGGAGGAAUACAUGACCGCAACCAUCCACCAGCUCCCCACCACAGCACUCCAUUAGCAGGUGACCCACACGACAGUCAAGGCAUGACAAACUUUGUGAGGUUCUUUGCUCGCCGUGAACUUGUUAGCACUGGACUACUACAGUUCGACGAUCGUCCUGAAAGCUUCAGAGCCUGGCGAGCUUCAUUCCUCAAUGCAAUCAGAGGCCUAGACCUGUCAGCUGGGGAGGAGAUGGACCUCUUAGUCAAAUGGCUAGGACACGAGUCUGCUGGACAUGCAAGGCGGAUCAGGGCGGUUAAUGUAAACCACCCUGAAAGAGGUCUUGCAAUGGUGUGGGAAAGACUGGAGCAGUGUUAUGGAUCACCAGAGGCCGUAGAGAGUGCACUCUUCAAGAGACUCGACGCGUUCCCCACAAUACAUAAUAAAGAUCCUCAGAAGUUGAGAGAGCUGGGAGAUCUGUUGAUGGAGGUUCUUUCCGCCAAGGCUGAGGGAGAUCUGCCGGGCCUAGCCUUCCUGGAUACUUCCCGUGGCGUUAACCCCAUUGCACAAAAGUUACCCUAUAACCUGCAGGAGAAAUGGAUAAACGAAGGCACGCGGUACAAGCAACAGAACAGAGUACCAUUUCCACCAUUUCUCUUCUUUGUGGACUUUGUCUGCCAUCAAGCAACCACUAGGAAUGACCCUAGCUUUGACCUCACCACGUUCAACACGGCCCCGUCCAAAUCAGACAAGCCUUCCCCCAAACAAAGCAACCAGAGAGCACCUAUUUCAGUCCAUAAAACCGAGGUGUAUUAUCCCUCUAAUGCCGAGAGGACUGAAAAGAAGACCGAGGAGCCCGAUAGGCAGUGCCCCAUACAUAGGAAGCCUCACCCUCUGCAAAGAUGUCGCAGUUUUAGAGGGAAAUCUCUUGAAGACCGAAAGGCUUUUCUCAAAGACAACGGGAUAUGUUUCAGAUGUUGCGCAUCAACAUCACAUCUUGCCAGAAACUGCAAGGUCAGUGUGAAAUGCUCAGAGUGUGAGAGUGAAGGUCACAACACAGCUUUACAUCCUGGACCUCCGCCCUGGAUCGUUAAGACCACAGACCCUGCCAUAGAGCAUGGCGGGGAGGAACAAAGUGUUCCCGCGGACAUUGCAGCCCUGUGUACGAGCGUCUGUGGUGGAGACCUAAGUGGCAGGUCGUGCUCCAAGAUCUGUCUUGUUAAAGUCUUUAAAUCAAGUCGCCCAGACAGAGCAGUAAGCCUAUACGCUAUCCUCGACGACCAAAGUAACAGGUCAUUGGCUCGGCCAGAGUUCUUUGACCUCUUCAAGGAAGAAGGGCCCAGGUCGCCUUACUCCCUGAAGACAUGUGCAGGAGUGACAGAGACAGCUGGAAGACGGGCAAGUGAUUACCAAAUCAAAUCUCUGGAUGGUCAGUUGUGUCUACCUCUCCCUACACUCAUCGAAUGUAAUCAGAUCCCUAACAAUAGAUCAGAAAUCCCCACUCCAGAUUCUGCACUUCACCAUGCUCACCUUACAUCUGUAGCUCAUCAGAUUCCUGAACUCGACCACAAAGCUCCUAUCUUGCUUCUUCUAGGAAGGGACAUCAUAAGAGUGCACAAGGUUAGGGAACAGAUCAACGGGCCCCACGACGCGCCCUAUGCUCAGAGGCUCGACUUAGGGUGGGUCAUCGUUGGAGAUGUCUGUUUGGGAAACGUUCAUAAACCAUCCAUCGUGAACACCUUCUUUACAAGCACGCUAGAGAAUGGUCGCCCAUCUCUCUUUCAACCUUGUCCCAACCGGCUCCUCAUCAAAGAAAGAUACAGCGACUCUCUGUCAAAAGACCUCAUCGGGGGAUACUUCAGAGAUGAUACCGACUGUGACAAAGAGGAGAAUCACCUCGGGUGUACGGUAUUCCAAAGGACGAAAGACGAUAAUAAAACGUCUCUCUCGAUUGAAGACAAGGCCUUCCUAAAGAUAAUGGAACAAGGACUUCAGAAGGAUGAUGCUAACUACUGGGUAGCACCCCUCCCCUUCAAGUCACAGAGACGACGCCUUCCCAACAAUCGAGCACAAGCACUAAAACGUCUCUCUGCACUCAAGCGCAACUUCGGCAGGAAACCAGAAAUGAGAGACCAUUUCCUUUCAUUCAUGGAAAAAAUAUUCCAAAAUGACCAUGCGGAGAUUGCUCCUCCUCUGAAGGAAGAAGAAGAACGUUGGUACCUCCCAACCUUUGGCGUCUACCACCCGAAGAAACCAGGUCAGAUUCGGGUGGUAUUCGAUUCCAGCGCACAAUAUGAAGGGGUUUCGCUGAAUGAUGUACUUUUAACAGGUCCAGAUCUUAACAACACCCUUCUCGGAGUCCUGAUUCGUUUCAGAAAAGAGUCCAUUGCGGUUACAGCGGAUAUACAGCAAAUGUUUCACUCCUUUCUGGUCAGAGAGGAGGACAGGGACUUCUUGAGAUUCCUUUGGUUUGAGGAUAACGACCUUCACAAGGACAUCAUUGAAUACCGGAUGAAAGUGCACGUUUUUGGCAACAGCCCCUCUCCAGCUGUCGCUAUCUACGGCCUUAAACGUUCAGCGCAAGAUGGCGAGGCUGACUUUGGGUUGGAUGUCAAGCAGUUUAUAGACCGUGAUUUCUACGUGGACGAUGGCUUGAAGUCACUGCCCUCUGAAGAAGCUGCCAUCAGCUUGCUCAAAAGAACACAAGAAACACUUGCCUGCUCGAACCUCAGGUUACAUAAAAUCGCAUCAAAUAGCAGCGAAGUAAUGAGAGCCUUUCCCUCCCAAGACUACGCAAACAACUUGAAGGAUCUGGAGCUUGGCACAGACACGUUGCCAACGCAACGUAGCCUUGGAAUCAUUUGGGAGCUCGAGACGGAUACGUUUACAUUUCAGGUUGUAGACGAAGAUAAGCCAUACACUCGUCGGGGUGUCCUGUCUACAGUUAACAGUCUAUACGACCCCCUGGGAUUUGUUGCCCCAGUUACCAUCCAAGGCAAAGCUAUCCUUCGUGAGCUCACCAUGGAAGUGGGCGACUGGGACUCCCCAUUACCUCCUGAUAAAGGGAAGCUGUGGACAGCAUGGAAAGCCUCCAUAUCCCAAGAACAUAUGCACCAGUGUCCCUCUCUGAAGCUCAACGAACAUACAAUACCGAGAUUGGAGCUGUGUGCAGCAGUGUUGGCAGUGGAGUUAGCCGAGCUCGUCACCUCAGAAAUAAAUGUUGACCCGGAUGCCGUACAUUUCUACACGGACAGCAAGGUCGUGUUAGGCUACAUCUACAAUGAGACUAGACGGUUCUACGUCUACGUAAGCAAUAGAGUACAGCGCAUACGAAGAUCAACGCGGCCCGAACAGUGGCACUAUGUCCCCACCGAGCUCAACCCAGCAGAUUAUGCAACGAGAGCAGUCCCCGCAGCUCAAUUAAAGGAUACCACAUGGCUGACAGGGCCAGCCUUUUUGACAAACCACGAACCUAGUCUUUCCAAGGAGGAUAUCUCUGAAGUUGCAGAUCCAAAAUUGGAUCCAGAAGUUCGACCUCAAGUGUCUACUCUGAGCACUGCUGCCUCAAACGCCCAGCUUGGAUCACGACGCUUCGAGAAGUUUUCAAGCUGGAGGCCAUUGACUCAUGCUGUUACUCGCUUGAUCCACGUGGCUCGACUCUUCAAGAAAACAUCAGCAUUAGGACCAAGUAAAUGCAAAGGCUGGCAUUACUGCCAGGCGGCAUACACUGUGGAGGAGCUCUCUAAAUCCAAAGAUCUCAUUAUUCGUACAGUGCAGCAGGAGAACUAUGCCGCAGAGCUUGAAUGCUUGGAGAACCAGGAAGAAAUCCCAGAAAACAGCACUCUUAAGAAACUGGAUCCAUUCAUCGAUAGUAAUGGCUUAUUGAGAGUCGGAGGCCGGAUCACAGAGGCAGAAUUGGAAAUUGAUGAAAAGAACCCCCUAAUAAUUCCUGGUAACCACCACAUCACAAGGUUACUUGUGCGUCACCACCAUGAACAGACACGUCAUCAAGGGCGCCUUUUUACAGAGGGUGCUAUUCGCACUGCUGGCCUGUGGAUAGUUGGAAUGAGAAGACAAGUAAGCAGCGUCAUCUACAAGUGUGUCACAUGCCGCAAACUCCGUGGCACAUUCCUCUCCCAGAAAAUGGCCAAUUUACCUGCAGAUAGGCUAAGCAUCGAGCCUCCCUUCACGAAUGUUGGUUUGGACGUGUUUGGGCCCUGGUCCAUUCUCGCACGGAAAACAAGAGGUGGCCACUCUAACAAAAAACGUUGGGCAGUGAUCUUUACCUGUCUGAGCAUAAGGGCAGUGCACUUUGAGGUCAUUGAGUCUUUGGAUACUUCAAGCUUUGUAAAUGCCCUCAGACGGUUCAUUUCCAUCCGCGGUCCAGUGAAACAUAUCCGCUCGGAUAGAGGCACCAAUUUCAUCGGGGCCUGUAAGGAGCUCAAGGUCCCAUCAAACGUAGAUAGUUUCCGUGUGACGAGGUACCUAGCUGAACAGGGCUGCACAUGGACAUUUAACCCACCUCACUCCUCUCACAUGGGCGGCGUAUGGGAGAGGAUGAUAGGCAUAGCCCGGAGAAUCAUGGAUUCCAUGUUCCAGCAAGAAAGAUCCUCAAAGCUCACUCACGAGACUCUCGCGACUCUUCUGGCAGAAGUAGCAGCCAUCAUAAACGCUAGACCCUUGGGUCCAAUAUCCGUUGAUCCUGCGGAUCCAAUGAUACUCACCCCUUCUACUCUUCUCACGCAGAAGGUGGGCCCUUUUCCUGCUCCUUCCGGUCAGUUUGACACUAAGGAUCUCUAUAAGCGGCACUGGCGUCAGGUUCAAGUCCUUGCAGAUGUUUUCUGGAACAAAUGGAGAAAGCAGUACCUUUCUACAUUGCAGACUCGAAGUAAAUGGCAUUCCAGCAAGCCAAACAUUGAUGCUGGAAGUAUUGUCCUUGUGAAAGACUCCCAAGCCGAAAGGAAUGAAUGGCCAAUGGCAUUGGUCACUAAGGUAUUCCCAAGCAAAGAUAGGAAGGUCCGCAGUGUGGAGAUCAAGAUCUCCAAACAAGAUGGAACCAAGCUCUUCCUUAGGCCUGUCACCGACUUAGUCCUCCUGCUCUCCGAAGAAGACUACAAGAGCCAGUAG